AUGGCUCAAACACGAUUUCGUUAUUUGGAACGCCGAUUGUCGCAAAAUGAAGAGCUUUCCCGACAAUAUAAGGAGUUCAUGAGAGAUUACCUUGAGAGUCAACAUAUGGAAUUAGUCCCGAUGAAUAAAAGAAUGACUCCAUAUUGCUACUACAUCCCACAUCACUGCAUCGUGCGUCCUGAGAGUAAGACAACUAAACUCCGAGUCGUCUUUGAUGCCUCUGCUGUGACCACCACGGGACAAUCACUCAAUACCAACCUAUAUACAGGUCGCAAGCUCCAACAGGACUUACCACGGAUUCUGAUCCGUGCCCGAGUACACAAGGUUCUGUUUACAGCUGACAUCAAGCAGAUGUAUAGGCAAAUUGAAAUUCAUUCUGAAAACCGUGAUUAUUUACGGAUUCUUUGGAGAUUUAAUCCUGAUGAACCAAUAACAGAAUACCGUCUCUGUACAGUCACAUAUGGUACAUCCUCUGCUCCUCAUCAAGCAUUGCGAACCUUACAACACCUAGCGAAGAUCGAGGAGAUAAGAUUCCCCAUCGCUGCUCAUAUCCUCAUGCAAGAUACGUUUGUGGAUGACAUACUUACGGGGGCUGAUUCCCCAGAAGCAGCUUUAGUGCAACAAUCACAAUUAAUUGCUCUAUGUAAACAAGGCCAAUUUCAACUUCGGAAAUGGGCCAGCAACUCUCCCGUGAUCCUUCAGGCUGUAUCAGACAAUGAGCGCUCCAUGUCAGCUGAUGUACUAUUUGAUGAUGAGCUGGAGGCUGGGCUGAAAAUCCUCGGGAUGCAAUGGAAUCCAAAACUAGAUCAUUUCUCUUACACCUUUCAGUGUCCAAAUGCAAGUACAACUAAACGCUCGAUCCUUUCGGAUCUUGCACGCAUCUUCGAUCCUUCUCGGCUUUCUCUCACCUGUCACCUUUUUGGCAAAGCACAUGAUGCAGUUAUUAUGGACAUCAGGAAUUGGAUGGGACGAUCCCAUUCCUGA